GACCAACGGAUUGUCGGAUCAUGGAUUAUAACAAUGCCGUGGAGGAAAAGGGUCCACAAAUCCCCAAAGAGAUGGUCCUAGCUCCUCCAGCGCGGAGCUCAACAGCCGACUUGGAGACAGUGAAAGAAGAGAGUCCGCAUGGCCAAGAAGUGAAGACUGGACCAGCAUCAUCUCUGUCUGACCCCACUAUCCUCGAGCUGUUUCAGCAGCAGAACAAGCUGUUAGUGAGAGGGACGAAGCAACUAAAGAAGGUCCACUCGGGUCUCAAGAGAUGCUGACCGGUGUACCAUCACCAACAGCUGAAGCCCAGUUCGCAGCCCUAGCUACUUACGACGCAACGAGAGGCAGAAGGGAAGGAGGAGCAGCAGGACCGUGGCAGAUGCCCAUACAAGAGACAGGGCCCCACUUGCCCUCAAGAGCUUGCUCAGUGACACAGAACUCUUUUUAACUGUACUAACAUGUUUGAUGCUGUAAAUUUAUGGCAACCAUGCUGACUUGUUUUAUACUGUAUAAUGUACCAAUGUUUGUAUUUGUAGAUGCCUACCCAUGAUGGCUUGCCUGCAACUUCUUACUCACAUGUUGUUAUUUGUAUACCAACCCAUGAAGACUUGUCCUAUCUAAGCAAGUUGGGAGUGUCAUAAUAAUAUUUUAGUGUAGAGCAACGAUUGACCUCAUUGGUUCACACCACACUGCUCAUGCAUGGUGAAAAAAAAUGAGUAUUACACACUAACAAAAGAUGUUACGGAGUUCAGUCACUCCACUCGUCAC